UUGCCUUCAGGAAUCGUGAAAUUGGCACGGCCACUGGUGGGUCCGAGGACAGAACGGAUUCGAGUGCACAUCCACACGAAGUCGCGAACGGGCGUCAUUCUGGCCUACAACGUUGCCAUUAUCGAAGUGGAUGUGUCUCCAUAUUUCUUCUGA